CGCCGGCCGGGGCGGGCAGAGCCGGCGCGGCGCGCAGGGGAGAGGCGGCCCGAUGGGGCGGCCGGCCCGCAGCCUGGCCCCGCUCCUGCUGCUCCUGGCGCUGGGGCACGCCUGGACCUACCGGGAGGAGCCCCAGGACGGCGACAGGGAGGUCUGCUCCGAGAACAAAAUCGCCACCACGCGGUACCCCUGCCUGAAGCCCACGGGCGAGCUCACCACCUGCUUCAGGAAAAAAUGCUGUAAGGGUUAUAAAUUUGUUCUUGGACAGUGCAUCCCUGAAGAUUACGAUGUUUGCGCAGAAGCUCCUUGCGAACAGCAGUGCACAGAUAACUUUGGACGUGUCCUAUGCACCUGCUAUCCUGGGUACCGCUACGACCGUGAGAGGCACAGAAACAGAGAGAAGCCUUACUGCUUGGAUAUCGACGAGUGUGCCACGAGCAAUGGGACGCUCUGCUCUCAGAUCUGCGUCAACACCGUCGGCAGCUACAGAUGUGAGUGUCAUGAAGGCUAUACCCGGGAGGAUGAUGGGAAGACAUGCACCAAAGGAGAUAAAGCUGGGCUUCCUGAGAAAUCUGAAAACACGGCAAAACCAGGGACAUGCUGUGCCUCUUGUAAGGAAUUUCAUCAAAUAAAGCAGACGGUUUUACAACUGAAGCAAAAGGUUGCUUUGUUACCAAACAAUGCUGCUGAUCUUAGCAAGCAAAUCACUGGUGAAAAAGUGCUUGCAUCAAAUGCAUAUAUCCCUGGCCCUCCAGGGCAGCCCGGCCAACGAGGCCCUCCAGGGGCUCCAGGACCAAAAGGGAGUCAAGGAGUUCCUGGGCCUCCUGGACCUCCUGGACAGCCAGGCCCUCGGGGAUCAAUGGGACCUAUGGGACCAUCUCCAGACAUAUCACAUAUUAAGCAGGGCAGACGGGGCCCCGUGGGCCCACCAGGAGCCCCAGGGAGAGAUGGUAGCAAGGGGGAGCGAGGAGCACCAGGACCAAAAGGGAUACCUGGCCCACCAGGUUCAUUUGACUUCCUGUUGCUGAUGAUGGCAGACAUCAGAAACGACAUUGCUGAGCUGCAAGAGAGAGUGUUUGGACACAGGACUCACUCAUCAACAGAGGAGUUUCCAUUACCUCAGGAAUUUACAAACUAUCACGACACAGUAGAUUUUGGAUCUGGAGAAGACUACAAACCACGGGCAGCACCCAGAGACUCCGGGAUACAGAAUGCAGCCCAUCCUUAGCUAGGCCUACUGAAAAAGAGCCCCUUAGAGUUGUUCAAUAUAAAAAUGCACUGACAAUGUAAAAAUAUAUAUAUAUAUUAUUUCCCAAUUUUCUCUUUGCUUUUCCCCAACCAUGCUGCUCAUACUGUAGCUUUCUCGAUCCAUGGUGGCCUCCUUGCAGUAAUUCCAUAUCAUCAAGCCUGCACUCUGCAUUGUAUCUAGAUUAUCAGGAACACCUUUUUAGCAUAUAGGGCUAGCAUGAUUAAGGCAUGCUCUAGCUAAUGGCGCAGACAACAGCAUCUCAUCUACUUACAUUUGAUUCUGUGUCCCAAUGACCCGCUAUCCAGACUCUUGCCAGGGAUGGAGGGAUAGCUGGACAUCACCUCUGAAAGACAGCAGUAAUGAAAACCUAGGUCCAGAGUUACUUUAUACAUGUAAAUGAAUUAUAUCACUGACCUCAAGUUCUCACCUAGUGUACCCAAGCUUAGGAAAGUGUGAAGGGUGGAUCCCUGUUUUACAGCAGAGGCCAGCUAUAACUGAAACGUCUCCUUCUAAUACGCCUUAUCAUGGCAGAAAAAGGCCAAAAAAUAUGGAGAAGCAGUGAUAUAAGGGCACUGCUUUGUGACUUGGAAAUGAUUCAGUUUUGUGUUGCUACAGAGUAUUAUGCAAUGAGAGUCAAGAAGAUGUCUGUCCUAAAUUACCCCUACUUCUCCCUUACCCUUCUCCUGCUGCUCAAUGUGGGAGCCAGAUCCCUUCCUCAAAAGACUGCUACUGGAUACAUCACAGCAGGGAUGAGCGAGAGAACAGGAAACUCAUGAAGCAGGAAAAACAGCAUAAGUGAAUCAAGCACUCUUACAGGCAAGCACCAAACCAACCCCAGCCUUGCAGAAUGAGCCAGCUCCUGUGGGUGUUUUUCGUCUUUGGUGAAAGUUUGAGUGAAACUGAGAUCAAAGAGAGGCCUCAUGUUUGCAAAGAGCUGUCAUCGGUUUUGUUCCUCUGUCGUGUGAGAGCAAUCUAAAUGGCAUUCACAGAACUAGAACACAGAGUUGCAGUAUAUUUGGCUUGAUAUCCAAGGAGUAUGAGUAGGUGGAGGUCUGCACACGGCAAAACACUUCAACUGGUACUUGGAUGGCUGAGGUGAGGUGCUGCACACAGGGGAUCCUGUAUUUGUAAAGAGGGAUGAAAGGGAAUGCCUUUUUUUUUUUUUUUUUACACUGGAAAACUGGAUGCACGAGUUAGACCAUACCUCAUGGAUGAUGUAUGUUACCAUUUCUUUUGGAUUUUACCACAGCUGCUGAGGACUUUGCCACACUUAGAAGAUAAUGAUGUAAGGAGUAUCUUAAGCACAAAAUGUUUAAAUUUCAUGUUGUAUCUGUGUAGCUGCUACUUCUACAGUAUGUUCAGUGCUGGGACUUGUCUAUGUUACAAAUGCAAAGAAAAACUUCUCAUUUUGCCAGGUUUUUCAGGACUUGCAUGUUCUAACAAAAUAUAUAUAGGGAAAAAUGUAAGCAGGCUCUUUCCAGAUCCUUUGUACAGGUUUGGAAUUCUUUCCAUGUUCUCUGGGCCAGAAGACAGUUGGCAUAAUCCCUGUCCCACUAGUACCGGUCAUGUUGUAUACACAGUUGGCUAUCUAGACCCUUAGUAUCUUUUGUAUAGUACCUUAAGAGUAUGCAUUCAUUCCUGUAAUUGUUUCCCAACUCCACACCAUCAGCAUGCCACAAGCAAGGGCAUUAGCUUUAAGAAUAUUAAUGUUCUUUUUUCCUCUUCUCUUCACCUUAUAUGUACAUCAAUAGUAAAAAAGCAAUGACUAAAUCACUGGUAGGUGGCAGCUUAGGAAAAAUGAGUGUUCUCACCCUGUGGUCUUCAGGCUUCUCUUCCGGGAGGAGCUCUCCCAGCAGCUGCAGAUCCAAGUAAUCUUGUGAACCAGGCAAUGGGGAAAUCAGAGAGAUCUAGGGAGAAGCUUGUGACGGAAAAAGGGAUGGUCUGAUAGUAGCAGACUGAAAGAAGCUCUAGGACAGCAGAUCUUAUUGUCUUAGUUUCAAGCAGGCAGUUAGGUAUAAAUGACACAGUUCAUCAAUAAGCAAUUUUAAGUACAUUUGUCAAAUGUCAAAUUAUGUAUGUUGACUCUCUUCCACGUUACCCUCCCCAUCACCUGCUGGAUUCUACUACAGAAUUAAUAAUUGCA